CAUGUGGGAUUGUUUACAAUGGAUUGUUUAUUUAUAUGAAAGAUAGUAUAAAUGAGAUUCUCUUUUUGAGAAACGUACCCAAAACCGACCAAAAAUAAGAGAUAAUACUGAAAACAUGCUGUUGAAUGAUUGGAGACUCCAGCGAAAAAACAAACGACGUCUUUCUCCAGAAGAAGCUCGAAAAGAAUUCGAGAAGAGCAUGUUGGGCGGACACAUUGGUCGUGGUCCGGCAGGAUUUCAUAGAUUAGACGAUCCCAUAACGGAUAUGCUUACAGGAGGACUUUUUACACAACAUGGCCCACUAGAGCAAGAGUUUAUACCAACACGUUCGGACGAAACGACAAUGCAAACGGAAGUAGAACUGUUGUUCCCCCGAGUUGACAAGAGACAACCGUUAAGGGACGACAACAGCAGUCCUAGUACAUUCGUAAGCAACAGUCAUCCGUGGUCCAAAGACAAGAACAACACAGAAAAUGCUCCAACCCUUGUAAACAAUCAUACAACGGUGUCUGGAAUACCGAUUAUAUGCUCCAAAGAAGACCUUUUCACGAAAGAAAAACGAGAUGAAAGAAGAAUGAAAAUACUAGAGCUGUUCUCUGACGAUAAAAAUAUGACACCGAAAACAAGAAGCGCUUGCAAAAAUGUUACUCGUCAAUUAGUUGACGAAAUAGACUAUCUUGUUGAGAAUGUAGACCAAAAAAACAAGGAAAUACAGGAACUCAAAGAACAGCUGAAACAGAGCCAUUACACCGAGGAAAAGGCAAACUUUCAACUUACGGCCGCAGUGGAAGGAAUGAAGUCGGUUAAAGAUUGCUAUGUUCAAUAUCUUGAACGUUCCCAAAUUGAAUUUAACCAGUUAAAGUCGGCUUUCAGCAAUCAGUCGAUGACUUUGAGCAACAUUCAAGCAGAACUGCGUAACACGCAAGAAGCAUAUCAUAGUAUGAUUGAGCAAAAUAGCCGUCAACUCAGUGCCGUUAAUCUUUUCUUCGAACAACAUCUCUUAAAAAGAGCAGAAUUGAUGAAGGAGCUACUAACAACCAAAGAAAGACUAAAUAAUGUUGAACAACAACUAAAAGAAAUCACUUUCACUCAGGAACAAAAUGAACAAAGAGGUAAAAUGUUAAAAGAGUCACGAACAAAAGUUUUAAAACAGCUGUGUGACGAAUUCAGCAAUAAUUUCCAAGCAUCUCUCAAUACGAAUGAUUGGAAAACAUAUUGUUGCAAACUUAACACGAUCUUCCAAAAAGUUGUCCGAGAGAACCAGACACAAUGAAUGACUUUUAUGGGAUACCACUCCAACCGAUGGUUUAUAAAUACAAAUGUAACAAAUCCCCUAAUCAAAAACAAUUUUCUUUCCUUGGAAUGGCACACUAGGAAUUUGCCGUAACUUUUUCUUAGCUUCCCAGGAAGGAUGCAAAGGCUUGUCGUCGGCAGCAGGCUUCGCCUUCUCUUCCGGUCCCCGACGAGCCAUACGUGCUUCAUAGCGCGCUUUUCUUUCCUCAAAUUUCCUUUGACGUUCCUCACGCUUCUUUUGAAAUUCUUCAUUCUUUUUAAU